GAUGUCACAGACUGAGGUCUCGAGAACACAGCUGCAUUUUCACAAACCUUCAUUGUCAUGCCUAGGACUGCCCCACCACAAAGCAAUGCUGGCUUACAUGCCAAACCACAUCUUAUAAUCUAGUCCGAAUGGCUGCCAGUUGUCGUUGUUUGACUUUCCUGUGCACAUUUCUUGUUUUCAACAUUCCAGUUGCCAGAUUAUCAGAGACACCAUUCAAGGUAACCGAGGGUAGCACUGUGAUUCUGAACUGUCAUUACUCGGUUAAGCAGCAUGGCGUGAGCCACGUCUGCUGGGGUCGAGAUUGUGGAACCUUCUGGUGUAAUGACAUCAUCGUCCAGACAGACGAAAGUGGGGUCAUCUCAAAGGUCUCGGACAGGUACAGACUCAUCGGAGAUGUUCUCUCUGGACAAAUGGACCUGGGGAUCCAGCGAAUACGACAAACAGACGGUGGACCGUACUGCUGCAGGAUAAACAUAGAUGGCCUUUUCAAUGACAAGAAGAUGACCUACACUUUAAAGGUUGUUAAAGCUCCAACAACAGCAGCAUCAACAACAACAACUGCGUUUCAGUCUACAGAAACACCGGAAACAGAGAUGACACCUUCUGCAUCAGCUCAGCCGAGAGAAACAGAGUCAUCGGUGUUUGACAUUUCCGGACAAAACUUCACUUUACAGAAUUCUAAUCAUGUGCCUGAUGAAGCCAUAUCGAGCAUAACAUUACAGAUCAACAUCCCCGUGCUGUCUCUGUCUCUUAGUCUGCUUUUGCUUCUGUUAGGGGCGUUGGCCUUGCUGGCUUUCAAACGUGGCUUUCACACGAAGGUGAUAGAUAGUGGAUGUCUGUCGAAAGAGCCAAAGCACAUUGUUUACGAAAUACGGACCAGGAGACCAGUAGAGGAGAACAUUUAUAUCCUGGAAUAGCAGUGUAUCCAAGGCAUAAACACACAAAGAUUCCUUACGGAUUCAUGUUCAUGUAAAUUUGUAUGAUUAUGUAUUAAUAUGUACAGUAUGUUGCAUUGUGCAUGUCUGCAAAGAAUGAAAUCUUUUUAAGUGGAAACAUCUAGAGGAUAGAAGCAUUUACCUCAUGAAAUUCAUUAUUUAUUAAAAGAUUAAUAUCAAACACAUUAGAUUAUUAGACUAUUUUCCAGACCCAUUUCUCAAUUAAAUUAUUCUUUUUGCUGAUCAUUUUACACAUUUCAUGUAGUUAUUCCUAAAAACAAGUCAAAUUACUGUAUGUGUUUAUUUGUCCAUGUUCUGACCCCUGCAUGAAAUCCUUUUGUUUGUAAGCAACAAGGCAAUUAAAGAUUUCUUUUACAGUGU